AUGGGUGAGAAGUACACGCAGGUUGUUGUCAACUGCCUGUCUUACAUAGAUACGACGAACGAAGACUUUGGCGAUGAGAGCGAGUUCGAGGAUAAUGAUGUAAUUUUGAUUGGGGUUAAGUACAUUGAAAAGAUCCUUCUUCAGCUUAGUGAAAUGUCAGUCUAACAAGCAAAAUCUCAAACCAUUUGUGACUUAUUUGCAACCAAUGAAACAAUGCGAGACUUGA